UUUUCUCUAUGUUUUUCCAAUGGCAUCUCUUUCGAGUCCAGUGUCCUUCUCCAAUCUACGUGAGACAUACCCUUUUCUCAACACCCACUUACCUUCUUCUCCGUCUUUUUCUUUAAUCAAAGCUUCAAAUCAACGAAUUGGAUCUCUCAAAUUCAACUCUGAAACCUCUCAGUUUCAUAGGCUUUAUCUUCAAGCUCUACCUCGUGAGGUUCCAGAUGAAGAACAGCCGCAGUCUCUCGCCCUUAAUACUGGGUUUCACUUAUUUUCUGAAGAUAGCCGAUCUGUAUCUCAGGGUGAUUCAAAUCAGAAUAAAAGCAGUGAAAAUGAUGUAGAUAAGUUAAUAAAGGUUGAAACCCAUGGAAGUGGAGUAACUGUGGGUAACAGAGCUGGACUUUUCAGAACACCAAUAUCUGGUGGAGUGCACAGUGCAACUUCAGCGCAUGGGUUACCUCGGCCGCCUUUAGCUGUCCGCAAUCUGAUGGAACAAGCCAGAUUUGCUCAUUUAUGCACGGUAAUGUCUCGGAUGCACCAUCGACGAGAAGGGUAUCCUUUUGGCACUCUGGUGGAUUUUGCACCUGAUUCAAUGGGCCAUCCAAUAUUUUCAUUUUCACCACUGGCUAUCCACACACGGAAUUUAUUAGCAGACCCUAGGUGUAGCCUUGUCGUGCAGAUACCUGGAUGGAGUGGCUUAUCAAAUGCACGGGUAACUAUAUUUGGUGAUGUCUACCCACUUCCCGAGCAUGAACAGGAAUGGGCUCAUAAGCAGUACAUAGCAAAACAUCAUCAAGGGACUUCACAACAGUGGGGAAAUUUCUACUACUUCAGGAUGCAAAAUAUAAGUGAUAUAUAUUUCAUUGGAGGAUUCGGCACUGUUGCAUGGAUUGAUGUUAAGGAAUAUGAAGCGCUUGAACCCGACAAGAUUGCAGUUGAUGGAGGUGAACAAAAUCUAAAGGAACUCAAUGCAACCUUCUCAAAGCCCCUCAAAGAUUUGCUAUCAGCAGAAGGUGAGGUUGAUGAUGCUGCUCUUAUAUCAAUGGACAGCAAGGGGAUUGACAUUAGGGUCCGUCAAGGUGCACAGUUCAACGUACAGAGGCUGUCAUUUGAAGAAGGGCAUGGGGUUGAAACAUUGGAGGAAGCCAAAGUUGCAUUGUGGAAAGUAAUAAAGAAAGGAGUAGUGGAAAAUCUGAAGAGCCACCACUGCAUGUAAUAUUAUAGAGAAACCUUAUAUUAUACACAGUUGGU